UUUCGGACUUGUCAUGUCGCGAUUGGCUAGAAAGCGUGUCAGCUUUUGAAUGAGACUCUCUGUAUCGCUCUUUCUGUUAUGUAGAUAGAUGCAAGCCGUGAUAAUGGGACAAUUAAGGGUUAUUUCUGUCCUAUUGGAUUUUAUUUUGUUAUCUGCGAUGUGCGCUGGUCGUGAUGUGGACUCGAGCUAUGUCACGUGUGGGUCUCUUGUUAAACUGAUGAACACCCGGCACAGCGUCAGACUUCAUUCGCAUGAUGUCAAAUAUGGCUCAGGUAGUGGCCAGCAGUCGGUAACUGGUGUAGAUUCAGCUGACGAUGCCAACAGCUACUGGCGUAUCCGAGAAAACCCCAAUGGCAUUUGCCAGCGUGGAGAGCCAAUUCGAUGUAAUCAGGCAAUACGAAUCACACAUUUGAAGACUGGCCGCAAUUUACACUCGCAUCACUUCAGCUCUCCACUGUCUAACAACCAGGAGGUCAGUGCGUUCGGGGAAAAUGGACAAGGUGAUGAUUUAGAUGUAUGGGCAGUACAGUGCAGCGGAAUAUUCUGGGAGCGAGACGAUGCUGUGCGAUUUAAACACGUCGGCACAGAGGUUUUCCUCAGCAUUACCGGAGAACAGUACGGUCAUCCAAUCAGAGGCCAGCGUGAGGUCCAUGGAAUGUCAUUGCCCAAUCACCAUAACUACUGGAAGGUAAUGGAGGGUGUUUUUAUUCAGCCCAGCAAUGAUCCAGUGCAGCAUGAUGAGCUCUGAUGAAGUCUCUACAUCAUCGUAGUCAGAGCUGAUGGAGACAGACGGCACUCUGCUCUGAACAACUGAGAACUUGACUCACACGCUGUGUAAUCUCCACUAUUAUUAAAUCCCUGGGUUUCUUCAAAAAUGUGCAUUUGCCGGUCAGACCGCUCUUAUAUUUGUUACUUUAACAUCUGUUUUUCAGUCAGUUGUCAACUAUAAAACUAUAAAAGCACAUUAAAGAUGUUGUUUUA